GAGGGGGGCGGGUCCUGCCCCAGGUUGGCCGGAGACGAUCGCCCCCAGCUCCGCGGGCGGGACGCCCCGGGGGCGGGGCGGGGGCGGCGUGGCCACACCCGGCGGCCAGUCCCGCGCUUUCCGGGGCUCGGACGGUGUCUGCUGCGCGAACCCGGGAAGGAGCCAGCGAAUGAAUGACCCUCCGGCCGGGAUGGGGGCCCCGCGUCUCCGCCGAGCGACGCCCCUCGCGCACGCCCCCCUCCGCCUGGGGCGAGCCGGGCCCCCCCUGGCCGCGGGCCCCCCGAGUCCCGCCGAGGCGGCGGGGGCGAGCGGGAGCGCGGGCGGCGCCCCCGAGGCCUGCGGGGCCGCGGAGGAUCUGGACUCGGAGUCCUGGGUCCGAGAGAAAGUGCUCUUUCUGCUUCACCCGGAGCGAGGGCUGCGGCCCCGCGGGGACCCGGAGCGGGAGGAGGGGGCGGGCGAGGAGGCCCGGGGGUGCCCGUCUCCGCACUUACCUCGGGAAAAGCGGGCGCCGGGCCGCGGCGCGGACGCUCCCCCCGCCGCCCGGCCGCCGGACCGCGCCGCGCCGCCCAAGCGCGUGCUGGUGCGGGUGGAGGACUACCGGGCGACGCAGGAGCUGCAGCUGACCGAGUGGCCGCGGGGCUGCCUGGCCACCCGCACGGAGGAGCGCGCCGUGACCGUGGUCACGUUCCGCACCCACGGCGAAGCGGGUGGCGGGGCGCAGGGAUCCCUGGGCACGGAGAGAGGCGCCCCGAGUCCACGCUGCGGAGAGACGGUCUUUUCUCGGCCACGAGGCCCCGAGUCCCCAAGGAGAUAAACCCGGAGGAGGGGCUGCGGGGUGAUCGAAAAUUCUCAGGGACAGAAAACACUCCUCCCGGACCCUCACCCCGCAAUUAACCAACAGCGAGGACUUGGAGCGGCGCGCGCGGGCCGGGGCCGCUGAGCGCACGGACGCAGACGGGAGAACCGUAAGCAACGCACUACCUCUUCCUGUGGCUGAAACACGGUGAGGGCCUUGGCGACCUACGCCGUUCAGAAGGGAUUUUCCUGGUCCCAGCAGAACUUUGUCCUGUGAGGAGCCGGUGGAGUCUUACCAUUCACGGAGCCCUGGGAGUGAAUCGAGAGAACCGUGGCCAUUAUCAGUACUAAGAUGUCUCUGAGAAUGGCUGGAUGUUGGCUCUUUGGUCUCACUUCCACCGCACCGGAAAAUGUGAUCAUCUAAAGUUGUCUUAGGCGGAUGAAACCCAGCAAGGACUUCCCGAAGCCACCUGGCCGCUCAAGAGACCAUAGACCAGGGGUGGGCAAACUUUUUGACUCGAGGGCCACAAUGGGUUCUUAAACUGGACCGGAGGGCCGGAACAAAAGCAUGGAUGGAGUGUUUGUGUGAACUAAUAUAAAUUCAAAGUAAACAUCAUUACAUUAAAGGGUACGGUCUUUUUUUUCAAUAGUUUUAUUCAUUUCAAACGGGCUGGAUCUGGCCGUGGGCCAUAGUUUGCCCACGGCUGCCAUAGACAGUAUCAUAGUCACAUAACCACCAUGGAUCGGGCAAGUGUCAACCUCUCUUAGAACCUUUGUCCACAACCUUCAUCACUUUGAGAUUCAAUACAUGACUUGGUAUUGAGAGAGAGAGAGAAAGCUUUCUGUUAAAAUAAAACGUUAUGUCCACUGCAGACAAAUUAGAGAAAAUAUUUUGCUAGGGAAAAGAAAAAUAGAAUAAAAGAAAACAAACUUACCCAUGACCCUACAUCUCUUUUCAUAUUUGGUAUGUUUCCAGUCUGGUUUUAUUGCUUUCAUUCUAUUUUUAUAUAUGUAUAUGUACACCUUUCUGAGCAUAAACUAUAUAUAUAUCAAAGCUGAGUAUUAUCUUUACACAAACUAAUGUAUGCUGAUGCUUCUCAAGGUAUAGUCUGUGAGCCUGCAGCCUGGACAUUCUCAAGAAAGUUUAGAAAUGUGGAAUGUCAGGCCCACCCCCGAGCUGCCAAAUCAGAAUCUGCAGCUGACCAAUCCCUAGGGGAUUCACAUUAAAGUUUGAGAAGUCACAAAUGAAUAUAUACCAGACUUCACUCUUGUAAUCUCUAAAUGUUAGAGAUUGACAUGACAAUGUAUGUAUUUCUGUAUCCCACUUUGUCACUUAUAAAAAGUUUUUAUUUUCCCCUGU